AUGGCUCUCUACUCUCGGUUUGUGGUCGUCCUGCUUUACGGAUGGAGUUAUCUGUGCGUUGGAUACUGCGCGAUGCUGAAAACAGACAAUUUCCCCGCGGGACGAAAGGUGGAUUUUACGCAUUCGGUGGAUAAAAAGCAACCUACGAAGGAAGACCGGGAUCUGCUUUUACAGGAUACAAUGACAGAGCACAUGCAGAUGCUUUACGCCAAGUACAACCAGGCUGGAUUUCCCUUCAAGGAUGGCAACACUGUUCGCAGUUUCAAAGCGCACUGGGGUACUUUAAACAAGAAGCAGCUGCAGAUUUUCAACCUCACCUCCCUCACCAAGUCAGAAGACGUGCUGUCAGCCACUCUUCAUUACUACAUCGGAGACCUUCAGAACAGCACCCAGGGCUGCUCCAGGUCCAAAAGCUGCAGCCGCCACGGGCCUCGCAGGCACAGUCACAUCCACAUGGUCAUCUGGAGUUUUGCCUCUGUGGAUAACAAGAUGAGGACUCUAGGACAAUUUCGGAUCAAUGUGUCCACCCUCUACAGAGACUUCAUAUCUUGGCAGUGGAAGGACAUAACUCGUGUGGUGAACCAGGCCAAGCACCACGACGAGCUGCUUAUUGGGAUUGAUGUGGCCUCGCAAGGGCCCCAGCCGUGGAAGAAGCUCCUGUCGGACCGCUCACCCUACAUCCUGGUCUACGCCAACGACUCUGCCAUUUCAGAACCUGAAAGUGUAGUAGCCACCCUCCAGAGACACCCCUCGGUGGGCGGAGAGGGCUCCGUUUCACACAGCUUUCAUAAACUGGGACUGCGUGAACGAAACGACACUGAACAAGAACAACGGCAGCCCAGGCAGAAGCGCUCAGUGAACGUUCUGCUUCCACUGCAAAACAAUGAACUUCCUGGGCCCGAGUACCCGUACGAGACGGCCGGGUGGGACGAGACAAGUCCGUACGAACCUUUUGAAAACAAACAGGCUCGUCGGCCACGUAAAAAGACACGCAAGAAUCAGCGGCACAAGAUGCCCCUGCUGCAGUUCGACGAGCAGACGAUUAAAAAAGCGAGAAAGAAGCAGUGGAACGAGCCCAGGAACUGCGCACGGAGGUACCUGAAAGUGGACUUUGCUGACAUCGGAUGGAGUGAAUGGAUUAUAUCACCUAAGUCCUUUGAUGCCUACUACUGCUCAGGGUCCUGCCAGUUCCCCAUGCCAAAGGCUCUGAAGCCCUCUAAUCACGCCACUAUCCAGAGCAUAGUGCGGGCGGUGGGUGUCGUCCCGGGAAUCCCCGAGCCAUGCUGCGUCCCAGAGAAGAUGUCUUCCCUUAGCAUCCUCUUCUUUGACGAGGACAAGAACGUGGUGUUGAAAGUCUACCCCAACAUGACUGUAGACUCCUGUGCCUGUAGAUAGUCCCCCCCCCCCUCCCCCUUCUAUGCCCAAUCAUACACACCCGAUAUCGUACAGAAAUGAAAAAAAAAAAAAAAUUCAUCAACACAUGCAGCCAAGAAGAUGCUC